AUGACGUCAGGAGCUACGUCCAACAGCAACCAGUGGAGCAUCACCCAGCAUCCACUGGAGGCCAUCAGCAUGGGCAUCCAGAGCGCAGCCACGGCCGAGAAGCGCAGCGACCGCACUUCUCACAUGAUGAGCGCCAACGAAGGGCCUGCCGAUAUCGCCGCCAAAGUGUCUGGCGUCGUAUCCGGCGGCAAGAGGGUUGACGAUGCUCCCUACUUCACCAACAACGAGGCCAUUCCGUGGCCCGAUCCUGCCCACAGCAAGACCAUUGGUGGCAUUCCGGUAGCCAGUGAUGUCUUCUUGUUUCAGAAGCAGCAGACCUUCAACAGAUCCAAGAACCUAGAACGUAUGGUGCACCCAUGCGGAAGUGGUGCCUUCGGAUAUUUCGAGUGCACGAAUGAGGUGUCUGAACUGACCAAAGCCAACUUCUUGCAGAAGAAGGGCGAGAAAACCCCCAUCUUCAUGCGCUUCUCCACAGUCACCCUUGGCAGAGAGUAUCCCGAUGAGGGAAGAAACCCUCGCGGCUUUGCCAUCAAGUUCUACACCAAGGAAGGCAACUACGACAUCGUGGGGCUCAACUUUCCCGUCUUCUUCUGCCGUGAUCCGAUUCAAGGACCAGAUGUAAUCCGCUCUCAGUCUCGAAACCCGGCCAACUUCCUGCUUGACAUGGACUCGUUGUUCGAUCUCCUGGCCAAUACGCCUGAGGCCAACCACGCGGGUUUGAUGUUCUUCAGCGACCAUGGCACACCUGUCGGUUGGCGAUUCAAUCAUGGCUAUGGCUGCCAUACAUUCAAGUGGAUCAACCAAAAUGGCGAGUUCGUCUACAUCAAGUACCACUUCAUCGCCAAACACGGCCAGAAGCAAUUCACCUACCCCGAAGCCAUUAGGACUAUGGGUGAAGACCCCGAUUACUCGAAGCGCGAUCUCUGGCAGACCAUCGAGGCUGGCAACGAGAUCGAGUGGACUGCUAUGGUCCAGGUCAUGCAGCCAAACGAAGCCGACCCUGAGAAACUAGGAUUUGACCCCUUUGACGUCACAAAGGUCUGGCCUCGCGAUCAGUUUCCCAUGAAGGAGUUCGGACGCCUCGUGCUGAACAAGAACCCGGAGAACUUCCACCGAGAUGUUGAACAGGCAGCCUUCUCGCCAGGCAGCAUGGUGCCGGGCAUCGGAGACUCUCCCGACCCGCUGCUGCAAUUCCGCAUGUUCUUCUACCGCGAUGCGCAGUACCACCGCAUCGGAGUCAAUCUCCACCAGGUGCCUGUGAACUGUCCCUUCAUGUCGCAGUCUUUCUCAUCGCUCAAUUUCGACGGUCAGAUGCGCGUCGAUGCCAACCAUGCGGGAAACAAACAAUACGUGCCGAACAGCUUCGCACACAAGUUCCGCCCGGAUGCCGCGGAACCUGCGUACUUGGUCUCCGACAACAUCUGCAGCCGCAAGAGCCACUACUGGCACGAAGGCAAGAAGAGCGACUACGCGCAAGCGACCGAACUGUGGCAGCGCGUGAUGAGCGAAGAGGAAAAGAAGAACACCUGCUACAACACGGGCGAGUUCCUCAAGCUGGUGCAGUAUCCCAUGAUUCAGAAAAAGUACCUGGCUCAGGUCUACAACAUCUCCCAAGAUUACGCUCAGGGUGUGUACGAUCGGCUCACAAAGAAGGAGUUCGAUUUCAAGGAGGUCGUGGAACUGUCCAAGAGUGCUCAGACAUGGUACAAGGAAGAGAAGUUCCGGCCCAGCAAUGGGGAACGCCUGGUCGGGUAUGCGCCCGAGGGCGCGGUGUACAAUGUCUGA